AUGGCUGUAGCCAAUGUAUUUGCUACUGCUACUCCCUAUGACAUAGUUUGUAAUGUCAUUAGAGGUAUUUACGGAAUCUACGUCAUUUACAAUGUAUCACACGCUUUUGAUAGAAACAGUACAGGUAACACAUGCUUCAUUGACAAAGGAUUAGUUGAACAGAAGGAAGCUGGACGCAUAAUAGGAAAGGGCGGUGCUAAAAUUAAAUCUUUUAGGGAACAGAGUACUGCGCGUAUCAAUAUCUCAGACGGAAGCCUGCCAGAAAGGAUUGUUACUGUAAAUGGACCAAUUGAUGCCGUUUGUAAAGCUUUUAAAUUAAUAUGCCAGAAAUUGGAUGAGGAUUUCCGUAUUAUCAACAAUUCUUCUAAAUCCGAGCCAACCAUAAAGUUUGACUUGCUAAUUCCCGUGCCACACUGCAGAUCUAUCAUUGGCAAAGGUGGCGGUACUGUAAAAGAGAUCAGAGAAUCGACGGGAGCACAAGUAUCUAUUGCUAGCAAUGUGCUACCCAAUUCUUCUGAUCGUGUGAUGACCAUAACCGGAUCUUCAUCUGCUAUAUCGAAGUGUAUCCAACGUCUAAGCCAACUAUUAUCGGAGUUACCCCUAGGUCAGCAUGUUCCUUAUCAGCCGAAACCUCCAAACGUACCGCCGACAGCGUUUCAAAAUGGACAAGUUCAUGAACUAACAUUUGCGGUGCCUGGACCAUUUCCUAUUCCUCCACAUGCUCAGCUUCCUUAUGGACCUCCCGUACCUGUGAUAACGCAGAUUGCACCUUAUUCAGUAGAUAUUCCUUCUAUAGUAACACAAAAUUUUUCUGCAAUGUCAAAUGGUGGUACGUUUGCUCGAUCAACUCAACUAUUAAAAAUUCCGCAUGAUUUGAUUGGCUGCAUUAUUGGGAGAGGAGGAGUUAAAAUUAACGAAAUCAGGCAAAUUUCAGGUGCUAACAUCAAAAUUGCUAGUCCUAAUGGCGACACUACUGGUCGACAGGUUACCAUUAGUGGUACACCGGAAUCUAUUUCUGCAGCUCAAUAUCUAAUUAGUCAAAGUUAUAAAGGUCUUCAUGUUUGUAUAUAUUCGUAUAUUGUAAUGCGAUUGUGA